AUGGCCUACAAAGAAUGGUCGCCAAACGGCGGACGAAGACCCAGCUAUCGAAUGUGGGUCAUCGUCGCCAUUGCCUUCAUUGUGCUCUUCUUCAUCACUCCAUUGGACAAGAUUCGGACUCUCAGACCAGGCUCAGAAUCGAUCAAGCAGCUCGAGUCCUAUUCGUACAAACUGCCAGACGAGAUGCACCCAGCCGGUCCCAAUGGUGGUGAACAACCUCGCAUCGGCUUGGUCAGCAUGGCUUAUGGCGACGACACCUCGGUCUAUGAUCGAGCAAUCCAGUCUCACGCGCGCCAUGCCGCCCGGCACAACUACCCAUUGUUCGUUCUACGCAGAGAGAUCGCCGAAGGCUAUUGGAGCAAGACUCUGUACCUGAUUUCGCUGCUGAUCCAAGAACUAUCGAAACCCGAAGACCAACGCCUGGAAUGGCUCAUGUGGUUCGACGCCGACAGCGUGGCCAUCAAUCGCGAAAUCCCGCUGGAGGUCUUUUUGCCGGACAAGGCUGAUGCUACCUUCGACGACACCAAUGUCGUGAUUGCCCAUGACAAAUGGGGCAUGAAUACCGGCAUUUUCUUCACCCGCGUCCAUCCCCGGUCGGUCACGAUCUUGACCAAGGCGUUCGGAUAUCCCAUCUGGAAGCCCGACGAAGACUUGAAACAUGCCUACGACCAGAGAGCGCUCGAUCUGACACUCUGCUCGGCCGAGUUUCAACGCAACGUCCUAUGGGUGCCCCGGCCGUUCUUCAAUGCAAGACACGAGGAGGUGGUGCCUGGCACCAUGUUUGUGCAUUUCUAUUCCGACGUCAAGCGACCCGAACAUAUGCUGGAAUGGCUCGAGAAGUCCGAAACCGGUCAGGACGCAGAUAUGCAGAUCGCCUACAACGACUCCUACUAUCCACCUCAGGUGGAGGAGUUCUGGAACGCCGCCCGUGAAUGCCACAACCUGGUCAAGGUCGGGCAGGAGUCCAUCAAGGCCGUCCAGGACGAAAGCCUCAAAAAGGUUCUCCAGGAGAACUGGGACCGUCUGGACAAUGCGUGUAUCUGGAAAACCGAGGAUGUGCCUGCUCUGAAGGGAAUCAUCGAAGAAGUCAAGCUUGCCACUCAGUGGACAUGA